UAAUACUAAAAUGGAAUAAAGUCAUUUGGAAUUCUCAAAAACUAUUUUCACUUCACAUAACUGGAUUCCCGACUUUUCAAUCUCAAAACCAAAUUCAAUGAUCAGUUUCGCCUUCCGGAAGUUAUUUGUGUGGAUCUUGAACCCACAUCUGACAUCUCCUUUGUUCUUCUUACUUGAACCUCCCAUGGGCCAUUGGGGUGAAUCCAAUUACACAUUCUGUAGUGGGAGCCUUCUUCGACAGUUGCCACAGUGGAGGAAGGAAAAGAGAACUUAUGCCAGGGAGAUGGUUGUGGUGGGUGGCAGCUGGGAACGGAGUGGCGACAGUGAUGGCCAAUACUACGCUUCAACAGCAUCUUAUCAUGAAAGAGAUGAUACAUUUCCUGGUAGAAAUAAUUACGCUGCGUAAUUUCCGUUACCUUUUUUACUUUUAAGCAAAGAAUCUUAUCCUCUUCUUUGACCAAACAAGUGGCUUUUAUUUCUCCACCUGUUCCCAUAUCUUCUUUAACUUACACUUCGAGGGUUAUUCAAUUCAUCACAUUGAUCAAGUUUUUCUGCCAACUGUUUCGUAUGAAUUUUCUCCAACAAGAUUUAAUUUUAUAUAAGGGAAUGGCGUCUUCUUCAACUUCAUGCAUUCCUAAGAGCUUUAAGUAUGAUGUGUUUUUGAGUUUUAGAGGUGAAGACACUCGUACCAAUUUCACCGAUCAUCUUUAUUCAGCUCUUCAGCAGAAAAGCAUUUAUACUUACAGGGAUGACGAGAGAAUCAAGAAAGGGAAAAGGAUCAGCGAUGAGCUCCUCGGAUCUAUUGAAGACUCAAAAUUCUAUAUCAUUGUUUUCUCCAGGAACUAUGCGUCUUCUUCUUGGUGUUUGGAUGAGCUUGUGAAGAUAAUGGAGUGUCACAAGACGACUAUACAUACUGCUUAUCCCGUAUUUUAUGAUGUGGAACCCACAGAAGUCCGCAAGCAGAUCGGGGCAGUUGGAGAAGCCUUUGCCAAACAUGAAAAAGAAGAGGGUGCUGGGAAAUGGAGAGAGGCUUUGAAAGAAGCAGCCAAUCUCGCAGGGUGGGAAUUAAAGAAAACCGAUGAUGGGCAUGAAGCUAAACUCAUCAAAAGAAUUGUUGAAGAGAUUUCAUUAGAGUUACGUUCCAUCAAUUUCAGCGUUGAUGAAAAACUAGUUGGCAUAGAGACUCGGAUCAAUGAGAUUACAUCAUCUUUAGGAACUGGUUCUGAUGAUGUUCGCAUGAUUGGGAUCUGGGGUAUAGGAGGUGGUGGAAAGACAACUUUGGCCAGAGCUGUUUUUAAUAAAAUUUAUUUCGAGUUUGAAUGCAAAAGCUUCAUUGAGAAUGUUCGGGAAGUUUCGAAAGCUUCUUUGUCCGGUUUGAAGUUGUUGCAAAAGCAAGUCCUUUCACAUGUCCUAAAUGAUCAAUGCAUCAACAUAAGUAGUAUUUAUGAAGGGAAAAACAUGAUGAAGAAGAUGAUGCGUAAUAGAAAGGUUCUUCUUGUUCUAGAUGAUGUGGACCAUAUAGACCAGCUUGAGGCGUUAGCUGGUGAUCUUAAUUGGUUCAAGCCGGGAAGUAGAAUUAUCAUUACAACAAGAGAUAAGCAAGUGCUCGUAGCACAUAGGCUGAAGUUGAUUCAUACUGUCAAUCUGUUAUCAAAUAAGGAAGCGAUUUGCCUCUUCAGUAGGUAUGCAUUUGGGAAAGAGAUUCCAAUUCAAGAGUACGAAGAACUAUCAGGACAAGUUGUAUGUUAUGCUGCUGGUCUUCCCUUAACAAUCAAAGUUUUGGGUUCGUUUCUCUGUGGUAAAAAUAAGAGUGAAUGGAUAGAUGCCCUAGAAAGACUAAAAACAAUUCCGUUAAAUGAAACUCUGAAAAUAUUGGAAUUAAGCUAUAUCGGCCUAGAGGAAGAUUACAAGGAAAUAUUUCUACAUGUUGCAUGCAUAUUAAAAGGUGAGCUGAAAGGCUAUGCAAUCCAAGUGCUUGAAAGUUGUGGAUUUCAUGCUAAAAAUGGUUUAAGGGUUCUUGAGCAAAAAUCUCUCAUAAUUAUUGAUGAUAAUUAUGAUGAUGAGCGUGUCAGCAUGCAUGACCAUUUUGAAGAAAUGGGCAAGAAUAUUGUCCGUCGUUCGCACCCGGAUAUGCCUAACAAACAUAGCAGAUUGUGGGAUAGCAAGGAAAUUGAAGAUAUAUUGGCUAAUGACUUGGGUACUGAAGCAACAAGAUGUAUAAAAUUCCACAAGGGGGGACUCGAUCCGGAAACCAUUAUGAAAGGUCUUAGAAAGAUGAAGGAACUGAGGUUUCUUGAUGUGGCUUUGCGAGAUUUUUACUCGAUUCAAGAAACGAAUAAUGAACUCAUGCCAAACUUUCUAAAUGCUUUAGGAUUUCUGUGUUGUAAUUGGAAAUCUAAUGAAACUCCAUACUUUCCAAAUGCUUUACAAUAUCUGCGUUGGGACGAGUACUGUUUUAGGUAUUUACCCAAAACAUUUCAAGCAAAUGAACUUGUGUCACUUGAGAUUGCUGAAAGCGAUAUCAUACAACUCUGGGAAGGGAGAGAAAGAAAGGUUCUUGACAAGCUCAGAUUCCUUGACCUUAGUUAUUCUAUGUUGAAGACCUUUGACCUUGGGCUUACUCCAAAUCUCGAGAGGUUAACUCUUAAAGGAUGCAGUCAUUUGGGAGCACUUUACAUGCCCGUUGAAUGUGUAAAGCUUAGAUAUCUCAAGCUUGAUGGUUCAAAGCUGAGAACACUUGACCUUGGGUUGGCUCCAAAUCUUGAGUUGUUAGAUCUAUACGAUUGUUAUAAUUUGGUAGAACUUCAUGCACCCAAUGGAUUCUUAAACCUCAAAUACCUCAACCUCAGAGGGUCAAAGUUGAAGACCCUUGAUCUGAGAUUGGCUCCGAAUCUUGAGACGUUGUUUCUUUUUAGCUGCAACGAUUUGGUAGAGCUUCACAUGCCACGUAGGUGUCUAAAUCUCAGAUCCCUAUUACUCAAUAAUUCAAAGUUGAAAACCCUUAACAUUGGUCUGACUCCAAAUCUCGAAGUUUUAAGUCUUACAAGCUGUUACGAUUUGGAAGAACUACACAUGUCAGAUGCAUGUCAAAAGCUCACAUCUCUCUUCAUUAGCCGUUCAAAGUUGAGGACUCUUAACCUAGGGUUGUCUCCGAAUAUCACAGCUUUGCAUCUUCAGGAAUGUGGUGAUUUGGUAGAACUUCACAUACCUCGUAUUUGUCUAAAUCUCAGAUCGAUAGUACUCUAUAACUCAAAGUUGAGGACCCUUGACCUUACGCUGACUCCAAACCUCAAGUCUUUAUAUCUCCCAAAUUGUUUUCAUUUGGAACAACUUCACGCUUCCAUUGGAUGGCUUAAAAAUGUUGUCGACUUAGAGUUAAAUGGUUGUUUGGGGUUUACAUCCUUUUCUUUUCACAUAAAAAAUCACAAUUCUGGCAGAGGGAAUGAAUCACUUGAGGUUCGUAUUGCAGCUCGGUUACAUUUCACCCUAGAAAGAUGCCCAUUUCACCCCGACAAUAAAUUGCCAAAGUUUGAGUUUGCAUGUUUUCGUAAAGAAGAGCUACCCUCAUUGACUAGAAACCUUGAGAAGCUUAUUUCUAUGGGAUCGUGUGCGUGCACUAAACUUGAAACUUUUUCAAGAAGCAUCUGUGGGUUACAACGUUAAUGGAUGCUUCUAUUUAAAGACAGUAUUCCAGAUGUGCCCAAAUGAGUUUAUUGUCCUCGAGUUAAAAAACCUGCCAUGACGUUGCAGAUCCAGAAGGUGGCAUUUCUUUUCCAUGCAUUAUACAACGUCAUGUCAUUAAUAUAUGGCGUUAGGUUUGAUAUGAAUAUAAUACAUGUAAUCAUCGAUGGAAGUGGAACAGAAAUACACCGAGGUUCUGAAGCAUGUGCAUGAAAGUACUGCAAAAAAUGUCAAAAUCAUUGGAUCUAUUAGUUUAUUUUUGGCUGACUGUUGUGCGUGAUCCAUCUUGCUCUGUUUAUUUUGACCAGUAUACGGUUUCUCUUAUUCAGAUUUAAUAUUUACUUGUUCAUGC